AGCCGUUGUCUUCACAGAACAACUUCUCAUCUCCACAGAACCGUUUCUACUGAACUGAAGGGACAAUGGCCGUGUUCAAGACUACCUUUGUGCUCCUGCUGAUUGCCUUCGCCAUGGUGAUCGUGACUGACGCCGUCCGUGUGGGGCCCUGUGACCAGGUCUGCGACCGCAUCGACGCUGAAAAGGACGAGUGCUGCCGUGCCCAUGGCUACAGCGGUUACAACAGCUGUAGAGGCGGAAGAAUGGACUGUUACUAACGACGUUAAGCCACCACAACUGAACCGUUUAUAACCAAUUCGCUUUCAAAGGUAAUCCUUUACCAUGUAUUGUAAACCAAAUUUUUUCUCUCCAAUUUCAAUAUGUAAUUUUUGUGUCAUAAAAUAAAUAUUUUGCAAAAAAA